GACUUAUUUCCAUCACUGAGGAGGCAUGUGUUAAGGUUUUGGCCGUUCCAGGGAAAAAAGACAUCAUGAUGAAGCAGAUUUUAAUCUCGAUGUGCCUUCUGGUCUCCACCUUUGCUGCCCCUGCACCAGGCAGUGAGAGUAGUGAGCAGGUUGCAGCACACGCUAAUGAGGCCCUCAGGUUGAUGGAGAUGUACAGGCUGUACCAGCAGCAGGGAUUUGGAAACCCUUUACUUCCAGCUGCUGAUCCUCCUGCUAAUUCCGCUGGUGCACCUGCAGUGGUUGCUUUGCAAGCCCAGCUGACUCCCGUCCCUGCAGAAGAUGUCUCGGAUGAGGAGACAGAGGAUGGGAAUCCCGCUGCUAGAGUUGCAGUCCCUGGUGCUCCUGCUGCUCCUUUAAACUCUGAUGAAGAGGAGGAGGAUGAAGAGGCAGAGGCAGCUGAGGUUGAACCGACUGUGGUGGAUGUAGCACCUCCAGACCCCACAGCAGCCCCAGCAGCAGCUGUUGAGCCUGAAGUGGUUGUUAUUCCUCCAGAUGUUGCACCAGUUGAUGAUGUUGUGGUUGCCGUGCCCCCUGUUGAUGUUGUUCCUGUGGACACCGCCUCUGAGGUGGCUGUUGAUGUGGCUGGCCCUGCUGCUACUGAUAUUCCUGCAGUUGAUGUUGCUACAGCCACAGCGGCUGCUGAGGUUUUUGGCAUUCUGUAAUUAUCCACCUCUCCAUUUCUGUGAUGGUGUCUUCUGUAUUUACAGAAAAUUAGAGUUUGAACACCCAUAGCUUACUUUGUUGUGGCCUUCUUGGAUAAACAGGAAUAACCCAUAACAAAAGAAAUAAGCAAAGAUAAGUAAUACAUAAUAAGUUAAAACUGCAUUUUGUUUGUCCAGAGUUAAACUAACAAUGCUGAGAUAGAUUUUAUUUUUGUUUUUUUCCCUUUUUGCAUUCUUUACUCAAAAGUUUAAUUGGCUAGCAUUGGCUAGCAUUUGCUAGCAUUUUCUACGCUGUUUCUACUGUGUGAGCACCUCUGACAAAAGGUCAAAUAAUAUGUUAUGUUUUUGUUUCUGACAUCCACGUUUUACUGUUUUAAUGAUAUACUUUGACUGUGCAAAAUUAAAACAACCAAUCAUUCUGAA